AUGAAGCUGUUCGGAUCAUCAAUUCUAGCUGCUGCUCUCGCCGGAGAAGUAAGACCAAGGCCAGAUGAUCUUAAAAACCCGGUGGCGAAGUGCGAGUUCGAUGCAGAUAGAGAUUCAUUCAGCGCUGGAAAAUUUCCUGAUGGCUUCAAGUGGUCUUUCGCCACAGCCGCCUACCAGAUCGAAGGAUCCUGGAACCAGGAUGGUAAAGGAAAGAACAUCUGGGAUACCUUCUCUCAAACCCCCGGAAAUGUCUGGCAAAACGACAAUGGGAACGACGCUUGCAAAUCAUACGAGAAUAUGAAGCGAGACGUGGAUAAUAUGAAAGAACUGGGGGUAAAGGAUAACCGGUUUUCACUUUCCUGGGCUCGACUUUGCCCAACUGGCAAAUGCGCUACCACUGCUGGUCAAGAACGAAAGGGGAUUGAUCACUAUCACACCUUUCUUGACAUGCUCAACGAAGCUGGAAUCGAACCCUUCGUGACGCUCUACCACUGGGAUCUUCCACAGGCGCUCGAAGACGAGUACGAAGGUUGGGAGGGAUCGCAGAUCGUUGAUGACUUCGGCGAUUACGCAAGACUUGUCUUCACAGAAUAUGGAAACAAAGUCAAGAAUUGGAUCACGCUGAACGAAGCGGAGGUUGUUUGCGACCUUGGAUAUGGAAUCGGGGUAUUUGCGCCCGGAAAAACUGGUGAUAAAUCGCAGUUUGCUUGCAGACACCAUACAGUUCUUGCUCAUGUCAAGGCGUACCAUAUCUAUGAUCAAGAAUUCCGAGCGGAGCAAAAAGGACAGAUCGGAAUCACGAUGAAUACCGACUGGUACGAAGGUCUUGAUGAUACAAAAGCAAACUUGGAUGCUGCGCAGCGAUGGAUGGACCUUCAGCUUGGCUUCUGGGCUGAUCCAAUUUACCUGACGGGAGAUUACCCUGAAUCGGUUUUGAAAAAUAACGAUGCUUCUGUUCUCCAGCGAUUUACCGACGAGCAAAAGCAGAAAAAUCUUGGUGCUGCCGAUUUCUUCGGACUCAAUCACUACACAACUCGGCUUGUUGAGGAUGGAAACAAGAAUGGAGGAGGCAUUGGUGUUGAAUGGACUGGCUAUACCUGCCCUCAAUGGCCACAAGCUGGGUCGGAAUGGCUAUAUUCCGUCCCGUGGGGCUACAAAAAGCUUUUGGCAUACAUUCACCAGCGAUACAACUCGAAGACCUACCCAAUCUACGUCACUGAAAAUGGCGUCUCUUCCCGAGGAAACGGCACAGACGCUAAUCCUGAACUCAACGAUCAGUGGAGAAUAGAUCAUUACACUGGAUAUAUCGGACAAAUGAAGCGCGCCAUGGAAGAAGACGGCGCAAACGUAGAAGUUUACACCGCCUGGUCGUUGAUGGACAAUUUCGAGUGGGCAUCUGGCUACAGCGAGCGAUUCGGAAUGAUCUGGGUCGAUUUCACUGACGACAACAGAACUACUCACUUCAAGGAUUCUGCACGCUUCUACUCUGAUCUCAUCCAGACGAAUGAGCUCAAAUGCUCAGAAGGAACUGAUACAUGUAGCUCUGCAACAACGACUACUGCUUUGAUGACUACUGUCAUAAACACGAAUCAGAACAACAAGGGCAACGAGAGCAACGACGCGCUUCCGAAAGACUUUCGAAUUCGAAAGCUCGCCGAUCAGUGCACUGGUCUCCAGGGUUCCCUCAUCUUCGGAGCGACUCUCCGUCGACUACGGCAAGAAGUCCAAGCUCGAGAGACCACCCGAGUCAGCUCACAAGCUUCGACUUUGCUUUCAUGGUUGACAUCUGUCGACGAAACCUUGACAUCGAGCGACCUACCUACACAAAUCUUAACAGAUCGUCUCCUCCAUCACCGCUACCCUGUUCGUCGAUCUUACCGAGUUCCAGUCCAAAACUCACUAACUAAGAUGGUGAGAAUGAAAAAUUUUCCCAGGCGUCAAGCCACAGCCCUCGCGGGGCCGCGAACACGGUCACAAAGGGGCAACGACGAGGACAACACCGACCAAAACGUGGAGGGCACAGGCAACACAGCCCCAAACGUCGUAAACACAGACGACGACGUGGUCACAGGCAACGACAACGCCCCAUCGGACGGGGGCACAGACAAAGUCGGUCCAUCGGGCGAGGGUAGUGGCGAGGACGGCCCAUCGGGCAAGGGCACUGACAACGACGCGGGCACAGGCAACGACGACGCCCCAUCGGACGAGGGCACAGACAAAGACGGUCCGUCGGGCGAGGGCACAGGCAACGACGACGCCCCAUCGGCCGAGGGUACAGACAAAGACGGUCCAUCGGGCGAGGGGACAGUCACUAGGACUAAAUCGACAUGGAAAGGGAAACAGAAACGCAUCCCUCGAAUAAUUUGGGACAAAAUUCUCGAGAUGGAAGAAACGCCGGGCUCCUUCAGCCUGCAAUUCAAACGUGUCAUCAAUGUCUGCUCCUCGUACGAUAAACACUGGCGCGUGGUGGCCAACCUUGUUAAACACCAUGGCGACCUUCUACGGGUAUGUGGAAAUCCCGACGCGAGCAUAAAGGACAUUCAAGUCCGUAUCGCGCGAUAUGUGACAUGUUUCCCCUUCAGCCAAAUAGGGAAAUGGCAUCAAGGGGCCCUAUUCGGGUUUCAAUUUACACCCGACAAUCUGCCCGCCGUUUCUCCCGAGUACGAAUGCUCGUUAUCGGGCUCAGACAGCACAUUGAAUAGCCAGGACACUUGCGACUCGAUAGUAUCAGUAGACAACGCGGUUUCAUGGUUUGAUAGAGAAACCGCCGGCGAACCUGAGACCUACGAGCCUGAACGAGCGCUGCGACUGCAGAUGCAGAAAGAUCUCGCCCCCAAGAAUCCCGAUUCGCGCGAGUAUUCCCCCCAGGACCUCGUGCUCACUUCAUACAGAGCGGGAGGACGGUGGAAGCUAUGGCUCCAGACGCUGCAAGCUCAUAACGAACUCAACAAACGGGCGUCGAAUAGCAUCUCCAGAGGCACCGCAAAACUGAACGCGCAGCAACCACUCCUCCCCUUCCAGAAACACCGUUACGUCAGCAGAUGUCAUUUCUAUCUUUUGAAACGACGUCGCCGCGAGAAACGGAAGGCCCUGGUUCAAAUGCUGGCGUCCGCCGAGCCCUUGACUUUCCAGAAAUGGCGAGACCGAGCAAUCUGGAUGCAGACGGAAAAAGACAGGACACCGGAGGUCUGGGAAAGCAAGUACCACUAUUACCAGGAAUUAGAGGAGGCCUUCGCCGUAUUCUUGGGGAAGAUCCUCAAGAAAAAAAGCUGCCUCGGCACCGGGAGCAAAUAUUCGAUGCGAAUUCACAAGAGGAAAGAUCAGCCAAAGACGACGCGAGACGAGCCCGCCCCCUCCAAGAAGAAGCGAGCUGCCCCCUCCAAGAAGAAAUCGGGACCCCCGAAGAAAAAGAGUGGGCCCCAAAAAAAGAGACUCUAA